AUGAUUCACAUUGUAAAAGGAAAUAGAGAAACUCCAAUCAUAGGGACACCACAAGAUUAUAUUAAUGUGUACCAAGAUUGUUUGAAACAAAAACCAAAUGAACGUCCAAACAUUGAUAAAGUUAUAGAUUUAAAUGUUGGUGCGUUUGAUGAAUGUCAAGAUGAAAGAUAA